AAGGAAGUUCUCUUUUUCACCGAUCAUUUGCUCAGUAGAAACGUGGUCCAGGCAGAGCUAGCCAAGGCAACACCCAUCACUGCAAUGCCGACAGAAAUAACACACACACACUGACCAUUUGUCAGGGCACAAAGUUUUGAUCUGGUUCCACAAGCAGACUGUACGACAAUGAUGGAAACUCCAAACAACAGCAGCAUGGCUACCUCUGUUGUUGCCAACUGCACCAACUUAUACGAUCAUCGUGGUUGGGCGCAUGUACUCCUACCUUUGAUUUACACUUUCAUAUUCAUUGUUGGUUUGUUGGGUAAUGUUUUGGCACUGCAUGUCAUCUGGCCCAAUGUGAAGAAGAUCAACUCCACUACGGUUUACUCUGCAAACCUUGUAGUGUCUGACAUCCUUUUCGCGCUCGCUCUUCCUCUGCGAGUGGCUUACUAUGCCAUGGGAUUCCACUGGCCAAUGGGUGAGGGCUUGUGUAAGGCCACAGCUCUGCUGUUCUACAUAAAUAUGUAUGCUGGAGUAAACUUCAUGACCUGCUUGAGUGUGGACCGCUUCAUUGCUGUGGUGCUCCCGUUGCGCUUCAGCUGCUUCCGUAAAAUUCACAAUGUUCGAUACAUCUGCAUUGGUGUGUGGAUACUGGUGCUGGCCCAAACACUCCCACUUCUCUCCAUGCCAAUGACCCAUGUGGAGCAUGAUGGCUACAUCACAUGCAUGGAAUACCCCAACUUUGAGCAAGUUGAUAGCUUGCCCUUUAUGCUGAUCGGAGCCGUGUUCCUGGGCUAUGGCAUUCCUUUGAUAACCAUCUUGCUCUGCUACUCUGCUCUGUGCUCCAAACUUCGCGAACUGGCCAGGACAAACCAGUUAACUGAAAAGUCGGGCCUUAGCCGCAAGGCCAUUGGUGUGAUCUGUUGUGUCAUCCUGGUGUUUGUGGUUUGCUACAGUCCCUAUCACAUAGACCUGCUCCAGUACAUGAUCCGAAAACUUCAGUACCAUCCAGACUGUGAUGAACUACAUGCCUUUCAGAUCUCACUGCAUGUCACUGUCAGUUUUAUGAACCUCAACUCCUGCCUGGACCCUUUCAUCUACUUCUUUGCCUGUAAGGGCUACAAGAAGAAGGUGCUGAAGCUGCUUAAGAGACAAGUGAGCAUGUCAUUAUCCAGUAUGGUCCGGACAUCGCCAGAGGAAUAUUCCAGAGACAUUGACAAAAUCAACAUGAGCAGUAGGGUCUAUCAGAAGGAAAGGAGCAGCAUGAUAGUGAGUGAGUGAGAAACACAAACCAUUUGGACUAACUUCAAAAAGAACAGAACAAAACAUGAUGGCAUGUCUGAAACCACCAAGCAGGUCAUAUCAUAUCUAAUAGCUCACUGUGGUAAAUAUUUUGUGAUAAAUGUGUAAAUGUUUUAUACUUGUCAGCCUGGUGUUUCCUUUGUAAUUAGCUGGGUUUCUAUAAUUAGCUAAAAGUUUCAUUAAAGUGUUUAAAGACAAUUUCAUUUUGAACAAUUUUACUAUAAAAGGAUUCACUUUAGCAAAAAGCCAAUCUAUAAUCUUUUAAUCAUCUCCAAACUAAGAGCGCCACCUUCUGUCAGAUAUAUGCAAUAGUUUCGGUUGACUGAGGAAUGAAUAUGCUGGAGUGGGUGGAGUAGUGAGUGGCACAAGCUGGUAGCUUAGCACCCCACAGCUGCAGGGUCCAUGAUAAAGUGACUGCUAAAUAUGAAUGAGGAAUGAAAGUCCUCCAACUAUAUAACGUGUAAAAAGGCCACAUAUUCAGAUUGAGACUACAUAAUUACUUUCCUGAUGAAAUGAAACCAGGCUACAUUAUGAUGGUACAUUAUGAACCUGUAGACAUAGUGCAUGUCAAGGGAAGUGCCUCAAGGGGGCAAUAUAACACAUCUUACCACAGCAAAGUUGCAGUGUCAGAAAUGCAAAGUGUACAAUGUAAAAGUGUAGAUAAUCAAAACUUGUUUUCUAGUUGUAUUUUUGUACCUGGGUUUAGCUUAAAAUAAGCAUUCGUUAUAGUGAGUUAAUUCAGUCAGGGAAAUCUUCUAUUGAAAUAAAAAGUUGAAUAUUAUCAACUUUUUUAUGUGAUUAGCAAAGCUUCUCAGCAUGAAAAUCCAGCUACUUAUAUAUAAUACUGACAGACAUUAAACUACUGCCAGUUAGAGGAAGUGAAAGUUGCGGUAUUUCCCGAGCUGAGAAAACGCUUCUCAGUUCAACAAAGGUUGGGUUAGAGGUGCAGUUAUAAUUACUUUCAGUUAUUUUGUUAUAUGUCAGGAAAGACAAGCAGAUAGAGAUUGAGUGUGGGUGUGUGUGUGUGUGUGUGUGUGUGUGUGAGAGAGAGAGAGAGAGAGAGAGAGAGAGGGAGAGAGAGAGAGAAUGUGUGUGUGAGAGAGAUUGAGUGAGUGACUGUGUGUGAAAGAGAGAGAGAGAGAGUGAGUGACUGAGUAAAUGAGAGAGAGAGAGAGAGAGAGAGUGUGAAUGAUUAUGAAUGAUCUUUACCAGUUCUUAGCACAGAUUAUUAUUGUGAGAGAAUGGUGA